GAAACCGCUGCCCCCCUCAGAACUAACCAAAGACAAUGGUUCACUGUGCAGGCUGCAAAAGGCCGAUCUUGGACCGGUUUUUGUUGAAUGUACUGGACAGGGCUUGGCAUGUGAAGUGUGUUCAGUGCUGUGAAUGUAAAUGCAAUUUGACAGAGAAAUGCUUUUCGCGAGAAGGCAAGCUUUACUGCAAAAACGACUUCUUUCGGUGUUUCGGGACCAAGUGCGCGGGCUGCGCCCAGGGCAUCUCCCCCAGCGACCUGGUCCGCAGGGCGCGGAGCAAAGUGUUCCACUUGAACUGUUUUACGUGUAUGAUGUGUAACAAGCAACUCUCCACCGGCGAGGAGCUCUACAUCAUAGACGAGAACAAGUUUGUCUGCAAAGAAGAUUACCUAAAUAACAGCAAUACUGCCAAAGAAAACAGCCUGCAUUCAGCCACCACCGGCAGUGACCCCAGCCUGUCCCCCGACUCUCAAGACCCCUCCCAGGACGACGCCAAGGACUCGGAAAGCGCCAACGUGUCCGACAAGGAGACGGGCAGCAACGAAAACGACGACCAGAACCUGGGGGCUAAACGGCGGGGACCCCGCACCACCAUCAAAGCCAAACAGCUAGAGACUCUGAAAGCCGCCUUCGCGGCCACCCCAAAACCCACCCGGCACAUCAGGGAGCAGCUGGCACAGGAGACCGGCCUCAACAUGCGGGUCAUCCAGGUUUGGUUCCAGAACCGGCGCUCCAAGGAGCGGCGGAUGAAGCAGCUGAGCGCGCUGGGCGCUCGGAGACACGCGUUCUUCCGCAGCCCGCGCAGGAUGCGGCCGCUCGUGGACCGGCUGGAGCCCGGCGAGCUCAUCCCCAACGGGCCCUUCUCCUUCUACGGAGACUAUCAGAGCGAGUAUUACGGCCCUGGAAGCAAUUACGAUUUCUUCCCGCAAGGACCGCCUUCGUCCCAAGCGCAGACCCCCGUGGAUCUCCCGUUCGUGCCCUCCUCGGGGCCGUCAGGGACCCCGCUGGGGGCCAUGGACCACCCCCUGCCCGGACAUCACCCCUCGAGUGAGGCUCAGCGCUUCACCGACAUCAUGUCGCACCCCCCGGGGGACUCGCCCAGCCCCGAACCCAACCUGCCCGGGUCCUUGCACUCCAUGUCCGCCGAAGUUUUUGGCCCCAGCCCCCCAUUUUCGUCGAUAUCCGUCAACGGUGGUGCUAACUACGGCAAUCACUUGUCCCACCCUCCAGAGAUGAACGAAGCAGCUGUGUGGUAGCUUUAAAACAAACUGGGUCUAAGUAAGUGAUGAUCAUCUAGUCUGCUUAUUGUUAUGGUGUACAGAAAUGAAUUCAUAUAACAUCUCUCCCGCCCUAAGACAAUUUUACCUUGGGAACGAACUGAAUCCAAUCGCUCCAAGGCAAGCUUUGCUCUAGACCAGGACAAUCUCCAUGUUAUGGUUGUAUCAAACAAGCGAGGGGACUUUUUUGUACCAUUGACAAAGAAACUGGGGAAGCUGUACAGUAAAAGUGCUGCCAUUCCGUAGGAUGGCAUAAGUUUGAUUACCCUGUUGGAUGUCAUCCUAAGAGCCACAAUCCUUAGAAACUUCUCGUUUAAAAAAACAAAACAAACAAAAAAAAAUCUAAAAAAUGGUUGAAUGAAGGAGAGGUCAAAGAAAAGGGGAAAAAAAAAGCUUCAAGAACUCUCUAUAGCGUUCCUGGUUAAGGAUGGUUCUGGCAUUAUGAAUCUGUUUGUUCAUUUUUGUCUCUCAGAAAGUUCGACAACAAGAAACUCUUUUUAGCUUCAGCCAUUUCAGCCUGCUGACGAUCAGGUGGGACAACUUUUCCUUUUUCCUUUCUUUUUUUCUUUUCUGUUUUGUUUCGGUUGUUUUGGUUCGUUUUUGUUUUUUUUUUUUUUUUUUCCUUUCCAAAAAUAGCAAAUACUAAAUGUUAAGCCCUCAGCACCAACUCUUCUACCUUCACAAAGCUACACGUACAAAACCUCCUCAUCAUAGCAAAGGUCACCACCCAGACCUCUAACGAAAAUGACUUGAAAAAACAAACAAACAAACAAAAAGUAUUCUACCUUCACAGAGAGAGAAAAGCUAAACAAAAAGACUCUAUUGAACUAAAAACAGUCAACUGUUUACGUCUAAUGUUAAAUUCAGGAGCUCAGUGUUUUACUAAUAAAUCCUGUUUUAGAAAAACCUCUUGUUCAAAAGCAAAAGAUUUUGAGCAGCCAACCAAAAUAGUUCAUUUUCUUUUCUGUAGAUGUUCUAACAGAUUGCAGGGCUUGUGGUUCACUGUGCUAGUUUGUAAAAGGUGUUGUUUACAGAAGGCAAAGAAAAAAAAACCCACAAAACCCAGACAGUUGCCAAAUAAAGUAAAUAUAUAGCACAAAUACUGUAAGGUGCUUUGCACCAGCAACCCAAGAAGGUGUUUAAAAAGUGUUACAAGGUUAAAAAAAAAAAAAAAAAAAGACAAACAAACAUCUUUGCUAAUUUUUAGUCCUGUUGAACAUUCAUGGAAUUGUUAAUAUGACUUAUAUAGACCCACACAGGUUUUAUUUUUGUGUCUUUAAAAUAAAAGUCCAAAAUAUUUAAAUUUUAUGGUCAAAUAUGCAGUCAACAGCUGCUACUUUUUUCUUUAUAUAUUAAAUUUCUCAUAUGUCUUUUAUUGUUCUAAUGAACCUAAGCUUGUGUGACCUCCAGUGCAUAUUAGACCAUUCACUGUAUGAAGGAAAACAUGUUGGAUAAAAUUUGUGCGUUUUUAAUAAAAUUAGAAAAUCUGAUGUUUAGAUAACUUGUGUUUCAUUUGAUGUUUUAAGCAAUUUUUGGAAAUUGAUUCUCUUGAGUGAAAUGACCCACUCUGCUGCUAAUCCUGGGCAGCUCCUUGGCUCUGGUGGGAGUCUAAGCCCUGCUGUCGAUGCAGACAGCGGCCAGAGGCAGCUCCAGCCUUUCUUUCCCUCUCCAGGCUCAGUUGUUGAAGUCCAAAUACCC